AUAAAAGGGUGUUAACUUCUUUACAUACAAGUGAAAAUAAACCAUAAAGAAACAAUGAAUAGUGAACUUGAGAAAGUAGUCAACGAGAUUGUCGAACAAUUCAAAGUUGAAAAAGAAUUCCUUUGUAAGGCCACACAAAGUUUUGUGGAUAGCAUGGACACUGGCUUGAAACAUGAUAAAUCAAGUCGUGACUUUAUGCCUAUGAUCCCUGCCUAUGUAACUUCUAUUCCAAAUGGGAAGGAAACGGGAUUAUUUUUAGCUGCAGACUUGGGUGGAACUAAUUUCAGGGUGUGUUCAAUAAAGUUGAACGGUGAUCACACUUUUGCCAUGGAACAAUCCAAGGCUGAGAUUCCUCGUGAUUUAAUGAAGAAUUCAACUGCUGACGAAUUGUUUUCAUACUUAGCCAAGAAGGUGAAGGCAUUCUUAUGUGAAUAUCACUCUGAUGUUGAAGAUGAAGAAAAGUUAAAAUUAGGAUUCACAUUUUCGUUCCCUGUCAACCAAACAGCAAUCAACAGAGGUACUCUUAUGCGUUGGACAAAGGGAUUUGACUUGCCUGACUGUGUUGAUAAAGAUGUGGUUGAGCUCUUACAAUCCAAUUUGGACAAAUUGGAAACCAACGUUCACGUUGCUGCACUCGCCAAUGAUACAGUUGGAACAUUAUUAGCCAGGGCCUAUGCUAACAAUCCGGAAGAAACAAAGUCCAACACUGUUAUUGGAUGUAUCUUUGGAACAGGAACAAAUGGGGCGUACUUUGAAUCAUUGGAAAAUAUCCCAAAGUUGGACCUCUCCACUGUCCCAAAGGAUGCGGCAGGUAUGGUGAUUAACACCGAAUGGGGUUCAUUUGAUAAUUUGUUGCAAGUUUUGCCAACUUCUGUCUAUGAUGAAAUUUUAGAUUCUGAAACUAGUAACAAGGGUUUCCAUUUGUUUGAAAAGAGAAUCAGUGGUAUGUUUUUGGGUGAAUUAUUGAGAGUUAUUUUAAUUGACUUAUUCGAACGUGGGUUGAUUUUCCAAGAUUUAUACAAGUCUAGAGGUGGUUCAUUACCUCAUAGAUUGUCCGAACCAUGGCAAUUGUCGUCAGAAGUGUUAUCUUACUUGCAAAUUGAUGAUUCAACAGAUUUAAAGAUGUCUGGCUUAAUUAUGGAGAAUGUGUUGAGAUUGCCAACUAAUUCAGAAGAAAGAUUGGUUAUUCAAAAAAUCACCCAAGCAGUGGCCAGUAGAGCUGCUCAUUUAUCAGCCAUUCCAUUAGCCGCGAUUGUACAACGUGUUGCCCCAACUUAUAAAGACGACGAAAAUGAUUUCGAGGUUGGUUGUGAUGGAUCUGUAGUAGAAUUCUACCCAGGAUUCCAAGCAAAUAUCAAGGAAGCACUCCAGUUGAUUGAUCCGUUGAAAGGAUCUAAAAAGAAAAUACACUUGAGAAUCGCCAAGGAUGGUAGUGGUGUUGGUGCUGCAUUAUGUGCCGCAACUACAUAAAUUCAAUCUCCAGUUAUUGGCAUCUCACAAAAACGGACUCUAAAAGUAAAGGUUAAAUACUGAAUUUUGAGGUCAUCAUCAUGUAUUGAUAAAUGAAGUAAAAUAUUUAAACCACUUGGUUAUUGGAAAUUUCUAUUUACCUGUAUAUCUGUAGAAUACUUUAAUUUCAAUAUUUCUAGUCGUUU